CUUCUUCAUGGUUGCAGCUGAUAGCGUGAUCAGUGGAAACUGGAAGUGAAGAAAUGAACACAAAUAAAAGACAAAUAGAGGAGCGAGGAUCCUGGGAAAGAAAAGCAGAGUUUCUUCUGGCUGUGGCAGGAACUGUGGUUGGACUGGGUAACGUGUGGAGGUUUCCUUACCUCUGCUACAGAAAUGGAGGAGGGGCGUUCCUGAUACCCUACCUGAUGUUUGUGGUGACCUGUGGAGUGCCUCUGUUCCUGCUGGAGACAGCUAUGGGACAGUUUACACAGCAAGGUGCCAUUACAUGCUGGCGUCACCUCUGUCCACUAGCUGGGGGACAGCUGAAAGUGGUGUACGGCUGUAUGUAUUAUAUCAUCAUUCUGGCCUGGGCGCUUUUCUACCUCAUCUACUCUUUCAGCUCACAACUGCCAUGGGCCAGCUGUGACAAUACCUGGAACACAGAUGGUUGUGUAAAUCUUGCAGCAAAAAAUCUGACUAUUAACCAGACGACAUUGGUGAAUACAACACCGGCAGCUGUUGAGUUCUGGGAACGCAGAGUUCUGUCUCUCUCUGGAGGUAUUGAGGAGGUUGGUAAGAUCCACUGGGAGAUUCUUCUGUGUCUCAUUGUAAUGUGGAUCAUAUGUUAUUUCUGCAUCUGGAAAGGAGUCAAAUCUACAGGCAAGGUGGUGUACUUCACAGCUACAUUUCCUUACGUGAUGCUGCUUGUGUUGCUGAUUCGUGGUUUGACUCUUCCUGGAGCUCUGCAGGGGAUUGUGUUUUACUUGUACCCUGAACCGGCCCGCCUUGCUGACCCACAGGUUUGGAUGGAGGCAGGAACUCAGAUCUUUUUCUCCUAUAGUCUAUGUAGUGGCUCCCUCAUUUCACUUGGAAGCUAUAAUCAAUUCAAUAACAACUGCUACAGAGACUGCUUUUGGCUUUGCCUUCUGAACAGUGGCACCAGUUUUGUGGCUGGUUUUGCUGUGUUCUCAGUCUUAGGCUUUAUGGCACAUGUCCAGGGCGUCCCGAUUGAAGAAGUAGCAGAAUCAGGUCCAGGAUUAGCAUUCAUUGCUUAUCCACAGGCAGUAGCUAUGAUGCCUUUCCCUCAGUUGUGGGCUGUUUGUUUCUUCAUCAUGAUUGUUUUUCUGGGGCUAGAUACACAGUUUGUAGCAAUGGAGUGUGUGAUUACAUCAGUUAUGGACUUAUUUCCUGGGGUGCUGCGCAGAGCUGGACGUCGAGAACUUUUCCUCCUACUCUUCUGUCUAACUUGUUUCUUUGGGCAACUCAUCAUGGUUACAGAGGGGGGGAUUUAUGUGUUCCAGUUGUUUGACUACUAUGCCAGUAAUGGAGCCUGUGUUCUGUUCCUGUCUGUGUUUGAGUCUCUGGCUAUAGCUUGGGUCUUUGGAGCUGAGAAAAUGUCUGAUGCCAUCGAAGACAUGACAAAGUCCCGACCCAACUACAUAUUCAUACUUUGCUGGAAAUACUUUACACCUUUGGUGUCCCUGGGUUUUUUUGUUUAUUCUAUGGUGAAGUACAGACCUUUGACUUUUAAAAACUGGUAUGUAUAUCCGGACUGGGCAUAUGCACUAGGCUGGUUACUGGCUCUGUCCUCCAUUCUGCUGGUGCCUGGAUGGGCGCUGGGCCAAAUGUGUGCUAAGAAAGGAAGCCUAAAACAGCGUUGGCGCCACUUGUGUAGUUUGAAUACAAAUCUCCCUCUGUCUUCUAAGAAACCAGCUGAAAUACAGGAUCAGACUUUUACUGCUGAGAUUGACGACUUAGUCAGCAGCAGCACAAACUAAACCAUUAUAUAAUUUCAAUAUACAUUUUUGAAAUAAUUGGGAAAAACUCAAUAAUGUAUUGUUAUUACAUAAACUUUGUUGAGUGAAAAUAUCUGUAAGCAUGUUUGGAAUCAUGACUCUGCAAUAAAUCACUUAUCUAGCAUAAUACGGGUCAAUGCAGUGAAUUAAUUGUGUGCUGGUCGGGAGCCAGCCCCAGGACUGGAGUUGGGAACCAUUGCAAUAAGUCUCUAGCUAAUCUCUUAAG